UCACAGACAGACAAAACACCCAAAUCUUUCUCUCCUCUUGCUCGCCUAUCGUCUACAGUCUAAUCCAAUGGCUUGGCGUGGUUCUCUUUCCCGAUCGCUACUCUCAACCGCUAGGUCUUCUACAAUCCGAUCAUCUCCGGCCGCCGCUCCCCGUCUACGACCACCGUCUCUUCCCACUCCCGGACUUCAAUCCCGCCGCCUUUCAUUUUCCAAUCUCAGGAAUUUGGGGCAAUUAGGAUGCGCGCAAUCUCUGAUGCCGCUUUGUGCUGGAACGGGUCUCACUUCGCAUCUAUCUUCUAACGUGCGAGCUUUCUGCGAGCUGUCACAUGGUACCUUCUUCCGCACUUGUCAGGAUCGCUAGUAUUAUAUUUGUACUUAAUGAGCAUGCGGCUGGAUUAAAAAUUUACUAUGUUACAGUGGGUCAUUAGCAGGUGAUGAAGGGGGGAAUCUCGUGAAAAAAAGUUAGUAAUAUCGUUUGGUUGGUUUUAUCGACAUUAUUGACAGUUUAGUUUUCUUCGUGUCUGCAUAUUUCAUAAUAAGCAUAUAUUACUGCUAGUAUCCUUCUGGGGAUUUUGUUUUAUUGAUUCAAGCAGAGGAAGUUAUAAACAUUGUUUGUUCUAACUGUGAUACAAUCGCAAUUCCAUUGGAAAUUCGAUUAAAUUUAAAAGCUUUGUUUUUAUUUUUUCGA